AAGAUUAAUAAUAAUUGAAAGGGCAGCCAGGUCGAAAUUCCAGCGACGCAAAGGAGCCGACUCUCCUGUCUUCAUUAGGGUUUCGUGCUUCCCAUUCUAACCCCGAAUCGCUUUCUAAAAGAGAUCGUCUCGUAGAUCCCCCUUUUUCUUCAUCCGCCAGUGAUUCGUUGCGUUCCUCGGAUCGGUCGUUUACUCGUUUAACGUUUAUCGGAUUGUGUUGUAUGGCUGGCUUGAAGAAGUCGAAGAGGGUUUCCUGGGCCAGAGAGUUGAAUCAGGUAAGAUUAUUUUUAGCAGAGGAUGCCCCUGCUCUCUCUGGAUUGGGGACCCAAGACAAUCUCCAAGCAAAGGGAUCAUGGUUAUUGCAUGCUUCUUGCAUAAGCAAUGAUGAUUCUUCCCUUCCUCCAGGUUUCGAAUCACCUCAUCCUGCAUAUCAGUUCAGAUCUGAAAUUGCAAAAAUCCCUUUGGUCAAGUGGAAAUGCCCUCUGAGAAUACUUUUGAGUACAAAAUGGUUAGUAGCUGCUGGAGCAGAAAGUGAAGAAGUUGCUGUGCAGAAUCAAAGACAAGUGAGAGUGCUUGAAUCAAUCUAUCCACGUUCAACUUCUAUACCGCCCAAUCCUUCAGUUUCAUCUGAGGUGCAAGACUCAUUUUGGGAUGAUUCCCAAACACCUACAAUUCCUAUUAGUGCUGUUGAAGAUGAAGAUCCAUCAGAACAAUUAGAAAUUGAUCCACUGGACAGCCAGUUCCAACAAACUGCUCAGAAUCUGCAGGGCUCGAUCAGACGACAGGACAUUCAAGAUCAUACUUCAGAUACAGAACGCUCCCAAGUCUCUGCUUUGCAGGCUGCCCUAACCAUGUCUCAGGGUGAUACAACAGCUGCUAGGAUUUUGGGCAGCACAGCACCUGACGUUGUUGCAGCUGCUUCUGCUGCAUUCACAGCGAUAAUGAAAAGCAACGAGCAAGGAAGCAUGAUUGACCGUGAUCUUUUGAUUAGUAUCCUCACCAAUCCUAGUUUAGUGGAGAAGCUGGUUUCAGAGUAUGGAGCUUCUAGAGAGUCUCAGCCAGCAUUGGCUUCUUCUUCCACCCCAUUUUCACAUUCACCUCUACAAAUCCAAUCCCCAGCCCCACUUCCGCCUCCAGUAGGUCCUCCAAUGAGUAACAAUGCACCUCCCCUUCCAGUUUAUCGAACUUCACAAAUGUAUUCUUUGCCUAGUUCAGUGCCACCCCCUGUUAUGAAUGCUCAUGCGGCGCCAUCGAUUCCGAUCCCUCCUAAACUUAUGCCAGGUGCCCAAGUGGUAGUUAGAGAUGCAAAUUAUUUGAAGAGCUUAGUCCAGCAGCAUGGUGGUGAGAAGCAAGAUACUUCUAGCUACCAUAACAAUAUAGUGGCCGGGAAUGUCGAUCUAGUAAAUGGUUCCAGUCACCAAAGAGAAGCAAGACCUAAGAUCCCCAGGCCUUGUGCCUUCUUCAACACGCCUAAAGGAUGUCGGCACGGUGCAAACUGCUCAUAUCAGCAUGAUCCUUCUCUACCACCGAGAACCCAGCAGCCCAGAGGAUCUAAGAGGAUUAAGUUAGAUGGGGGGAUUGUUUACAGGAAUUAAGGGGGCUUUAUGUUUGACAUUCUUGUUCCUUUCUUGUUACUUCAUAGUGUUCAUUCAUCUCGCUCGUAAAUAGCAGCUCGCUCACUGCUUGCCACCAUGUUCAUAUUUGUUCCUCCCUUGUUUUUGAUCUUACGAUUCGAAAAUGUUGUUGUUAAGAAUUGUGAA